AUGUCGUUUGUCAAAAACUUGUUGUUUGGAGGUGUCAAGACAAGCGAAGACCCUACAGGUGUUACAGGCGGGUCCGACGUGCCCAAAGACGAUCAAAGCAACUCGGAGCCUAUUGUAGAAGGAACUUUCUACCCACGAACCCUUUACAAAUUCAAUGGUCACGACCAUGAAAAGAUUUUUUUGGCCAUCAAGGGUAAAGUUUUCGACUGUACACAGGGUAGACAGUUUUACGGUCCCAGUGGACCUUACUCUAAUUUUGCGGGUCACGACGCUUCACGCGGUCUAGCCACCAAUUCUUUUGACCUCGAUACCCUCAGACACUGGGAUCAACCAAUAGACGAUCUAGCGGACUUGAGUAAGGAGGACAUGGAAGCUCUGGAUGGUUGGUUAGAGCAUUUCGAAAAAAAAUAUCCUUGCAUUGGUAAACUGGUACCAGAAGCUGGCGUCAAUAAUUGA